AUGAUUUUUCAGUUGGUUUUAUUGCAAGGAGGUGUGUGGGAAGGGGGCCUCUCUGAAAGCCGGGCGGAGCCCCUGGCCUGGGUGCUCAAGCGCUCUGCUUGGCCUCUGCAGAUGGUUCUCCAAAUCUCACCCUGUGAUGCUGGGGUACGAACAAGGCCACCGGCCCUGGGCUCCCCUACCACCCCCCUCAGGAGGGGGGUUCCUGAGACUUUUGGGGGGCUGGUGGAGGCCGGGAGGAGACGGAACAUAUCCUGUAGAAACAAUGGUGAAAGCUGCUUUCUUAAAAAGCUUCCCUUUAAAAAAAGAAAACGAAAAAAGAGAUAA